AUGGAAGACUAAUUUUCUGAAGAUUAUCAUCUUUCUCUUCACUAGGUUCAAUUAUCUCUAAUCCAUCUCUUUUUUUCUUAGAAUCGAACCAUUACUCACUUACCAACAGUCAAAAGAAUUAAAUAAUUCAUAAAAAGGAACAAACUGAUAUUAUAAGUCAAAGAUAGACUAAUAAUAAUAGGUUAUAUUUAUCCAAAAAUGAAAAAACCAAUCUCAUCAAUUUUUUCAAAGAACAACUUAUUUAGGGGAAUUAAAUGA